GCAUUCAUCUGCCAUCCAUCAUUGUGCUUCCCUGUCUGAACCAUAAACAAACCCUAGAAUCCCAAUUUUCGACUAACUGAUUCGAGAUGUUUCUAUCGCCUGGCCACUCUCCACGUCACCUAUCUUCUCCGUCUCCGUCUUCUUACUCCGACGACGGUCUCCGCACCUCCUCAAAGAUCCCACCUCGAAACCCUAGAAAGCGGAUGAGAGUCCUCGACGAGGACGCCUACGUCGCAGCCAUCGAGAAAAUCAUCGAGCGCGAUUACUUCCCCGAUAUCUCCAAGCUCAGGGACAGGCUCGAUUGGAUCCAGGCGGUUAAAACCCGCGACCCGAUUCAGAUCCGAGACGCACAGUUAAAGAUCAUCGAGAGGCGUGGGAAGAAAGCUAAUCAUCACGGUGGGGACACGGUGGGUGAUAAAACUCAAACACCUGGAUCUACUUUCUUGAGAAGUUUCACUCCUUUAGAUGAGUUCGAUGGUUCUAAGACUCCUAGAGAAGUACAAGUAGUAGUUGCUGAUGAUGGAGAUGGUGGUGUAGAUGUUAGUAAUAUGUCGUUAGACCAGUUCUUUAGGAGGCAUACAAGUGAGGACAACGAUAGCUUCUCGAAUAUCUUGGAGAAGGUUAAUAAGAGGAAGAAGGAGAAGUAUGGCUAUCUUCUCGAAAGUGGUGAUGUGAUUGAGGAUGUAAAGAGAGAUAGGAUUACAGAUGGUUACGGUACUUCUUAUCAGCCACCGAGUACGUUACAAGGAUGGAAGUAUACAGCGAAGAAUCUUCUCAUGUACCAUCCAGCUGAUCGAGGGGAGUGGCCACUGACACAAGAGGAGAGGGCUGUGAGGCUAGCUGGACUGACCAAGGAGAUUGUUAAGGCCAAUACACGUUUUCAGGGGAAGACGAUGGAUUGCAGGCCGAGGGAAGAUGGUUCUGUUGAGAUUCUCUACACUCCUAUCGCAGGCUCUUCCCCUAUGCUGCAGGUUAGGGAUAGAGACAAGUCCAAGAGGUAUGAUCUUGACGAUCUGAGGAAGACUCCGAAUCCGUUUUAUGUGGAGUCGGAUAAGAAGGCGGGCAACGGGUAUAGUUUCGUCAAAACGCCGUCUCCUGCCCCUGGUCUGGACGAAUCGCCUUUUAUAACGUGGGGGGAGAUCGAAGGGACGCCGAUGCGGUUAGAUUCAGAGGAUACGCCUCUUGAUAUCGGCGGUAGCGCUGAUGGACCGCACUACAACAUUCCCUCCGCGCCUGCGAGGGACGUGAGGGCGCAUUCAUUGUCGAGGGACGCUUCGAGGAGGCUGAGGGAGAGGUCGAACAGUAUGUUCAAGAAGCCUCCGUUGCCGCCGUCUCCUUAUCAUAGGAGUGGAAGCGCGAGUCCGAAUGUGAGGACGCUUUCGCCCGCUGCUCAGAAGUUUUUCAGGCGGGCGAUAAGGAAGUCUUCUUCUGCUGUUGAUGAGAGCCUUCGUGCGAGUUACCGUGGAGCGAGUCCUGGCGCUGUGACUCCUAAGAGUGUGUCGAGAUUUGGGAAAGAUAGGAUCACCCCGGGUUCAAGGUCGCCUUGAUAUGAUGUUUUAAAUGCUUUGGUGCUAAUAGAGGCAAACAAAGAUACCUCUUCUUGUAAUUAAUAAGAUUGGGCCAAGAGCUGUUGACUCUUUUCAAAUAGAAUACUAUCUACGUUUGUAAUUGUUAUUUUGAUUUCCACAGCUUCUUUUUUUU